AUGUCGCCUUCGAAUAACUCCAAUAAACGCAAAAUCAGCGAUUAUUUCGUCAAAAACAACGAACCGGAAGAUAAAAGGCAGCGAGCUUCGUCUCCGCCACCACCAACCACCACAAAUCCCGACGAAGUCGACGUGAACGCUUUGAGAUGCCCGAAAAGACCGAUUUUCGAAGGAGAAGAAGGUAUUUUCCUAGUUUUCCAGGGGAAAUUUAGGCGUUCCACUCAGAAAAAGCAGCAAAAAAGGCUGUUCGGCGGCGGAGCAGCGGAACAACUAUGAAAAAUUUAGGAAGAUCGCAGACGGUGCUGGAUUGUGGCCAGAAAUACAUCGGAAACAUUGCCUGCGAAGAGGUUUUUCGUCGGUUUUACGCUGAAAAUACCAAACACGCAAUUUUGCAGUGCGGCAUGAUUUAUUGUGUGGAUUCGGCGGAAGACCUUCGCGAACACGCAAAGUUCCACACUCACUGGCUGAAUCGAUUCCAAAUUCCGGACCAUUUCAUGAAAACUUUUAUGUAAAAAUUUGUUUUUAAAAAUUGAAACACUUGCUGAUUUUUCCCGUUCCAGGCAGUUCCACUCUCGUCAUCACAACGAUUUCAAAGUGUUCUUUCUGGGAACCUUUGUCGAAGAACCGUUCAAACGGUGCAUAAGUGAGCACAUGAAGAAAAUCAACGAGCAGCUGGGGUACAAGUGCGAAAGGAACAGUAUUUGGGCGUUCGAAAAGCGCAUUUUCUUCAUUUUGCUCGUGCGCGAGAACAAAAUGUACAUUGGCGGCAUUUGCAUUGUGGAGAAGGUGUUCCGCGCGUGGACGGACGUCACUCGGAGGGAAGUGAACAACGGGCAGGACCUGAACGACUGGAUCGUCGGCGUCGAUCGGAUUUGGGUGGAUCCGACUGUGCGGAGGACCAAGAUCGCCUACUCGCUGCUCGAUGCGGCCACCACGCAGGACCGCCAGAUGGAAUUCCGCUCGCGACGCCUUCGAAUCGCAUUCUCCGACCCGACAGACGACGGGAAGAUUCUUGCGAAGCGAUUUAUCGAGUAUUUAUUAUCUUUCCGUUGAAAUUCAUGCACAAAAAUCAUUUCAGAACGAGAUACAAGCCAGAGGAUCAAUUCGGCGGCGAAAUCCUCGUCUACUAG